GGCUUCUGGUUAAGGACUGCCCCUUUCAUUCACAGCACUGUCUCUAAGGCAACAGACCAAAACAAAUGUGGUAUCACUAUCCCAUUAAGAGCCAUUAUCUUGCCAACUCACUGUGCCAACUCUGGAGAUGACUGGGAAUGUAGUCUGACUUGUUGUGUUCAAGUUGUUUUUGAUAAUGCAAACUACUAGGAAAACCAGGUCCCACAGUUCUCGGCCUGCCAAGAAGCCUGGACCAAGCCAGACUCAUAACAAAACUCCCAAAAAGAAGUCUGCGAGUGCCAAAACCCCAAAGCCCGAGGUGGACCUCCUCAGCGCCGCGGCCAUGGAGAAUCUCUUUUACAUUUCCCACAAUGCAGCACAUUGUCUGGAGUUCAGGGGCUUUGGAUGGGCAAAGAAAUCCAAAUCAAGAAAGAAGACAAAGGGCAAAAAGCGGAAGAAUAAAAAGUAGGAUUU